CCAGAUACGUGCAGUAUCUUCUCAUCGUCGCUCAAUCACUUCAGCAGCAUCUCCUCCUCCUCCCCUCUGUUCCCGGCUUCCCGCAGAUUUCCUCAGCCUGCGAAAAUGGCGAGCGGCGGCGGAGGCAAAGUCUCUUUCAAAGUCACUCUCACCUCCGAUCCAAAGCUUCCUUUCAAAGUGUUUAGCGUGCCAGAAGCAGCUCCGUUCACCGCCGUCUUGAAAUUCGCAGCAGAGGAAUUCAAAGUGCCUCCCCAGACCAGUGCGAUCAUCACAAAUGAUGGAGUUGGAAUUAAUCCCCAACAAAGUGCAGGUAAUGUCUUCCUCAAGCAUGGCUCUGAACUGCGCUUGAUACCUCGUGAUCGAGUUGGAGCUUCUGACUAUUGUGCCCUGUAGUCCUGUAUCUUUCCCUGAGCUGACAGAAGGGUAAAAGAAUAGCUACUGCACCUGCCUGAUCGAGCUAAUGUAACUAGCUAUGAUGCACUGCAAUAAAUGGAAUACACAUAUUUUUAAAAAAAAUUCUCAAAAUACACACGUUUUAUGAAAUAUUCCCAAUCUACACAUGUUUGGACAAAACCGCGGUGGUUAAACGCGGUGAACAGUAUCACCGUGGUUGUCAGAAGCGAUGAACGCUUCACUACAUCCUAUAAACGCGGUGAACGCUUGUUGGCCAAUCACCGCUUGUAUCCAACGCGGUGAUGGCCUGAUUAUUAUCACGGCUUUCUUUUUGUAGGCAGAAGAUUUGGUAAUUCUAACUAAAGGCCCAUAAAAGUAAUUAUAUGCCCAAAGUAAUUAUCAGUGCUUCUCUAUCCCAAAAAAGUGGUCGUUGGCCACCAGUUCUCUUCUAAUUCUUCUUCUGCCCCCUCUAUUUUCCUUUUACAACUCAUCGAAUCUUUUUCAUUGGAUUCCACCGAUUCCCCAGGCGGCGGCUGCCGCUGCUGUGCCAUUAUCCUCCUCCCGUAAACCUAACAACAAUAUUAAAAAACCCCCUGCCCGGCGACCAUAUCUUCCGGCGGCGGCGACAACCCAAAAUGGUCACCGAGAUCUGACACCAUCCCAGUCGAGCUUGAAUGAUUCCGGUGAUUGAUUCUCGACCUGCUUUUCUCAAGCGGUCGCCAUGGCCACGUCCGGGGCCUCUCCGUCUUCCUCGGACAGACGCUAAUUAAGUAAUCAGGCCAUCCCUUCAUAAAAAAAUUUAAAAAAAAAAUAAUCAGGUCAUCACUGCAUUGGACAGAAGCGGUGAAUGGCCAACAAGCGUUCACCGCUUUUAAAGGCUGCAGUGAAGCGUUCAUCGCUUCCGACGACCGCGGUGAUACUGUUCACCGCGUUUAACGAACGCGGUUUUGUCAAAACAUGUGUAGAUUGGGAAUAUUUCAUAAAACGUGUGUAUUUUGAGAAUUUUUUUUAAAAACAUGUGUAUUUUGGAAUUUUUCCCCAUUUUUUUAUACAAUACAGAUAGGAACGAGGGAUGAAUAAGAGGUUGCCUUGUUUUUCAUUACCAAGAAAUUGCCUUGUUCCUUUUGGAGAAUGCGUUACCUGAUUGUUCUUUUUAAGUAAUCAGCGUGGCUACCUUUUUUUUUGGCCAUACAGAUCAUGUUGAUCCAAUCUGAGGGCUCAUCUUGCAGAAGGGUGUUUUCGGAAGGCACCAUAGGAUCAUUCUUUCACCCGACGUCAUUA